ACCUAAACCCCAAAGACCUUAUCUCCUCUUUGAUCUCCAAAUCUUCUUUAUUCCCAUAUAUAUAAUCUUACAAAGUUUGAGACUAGGAAAAAUGCAAAAUCCCAAAACUACAAUAGAUCUUCCCAAAAUCAAGCUAGUCAAAAAGAAAUCAGAUGAAAAGUUAUAUGAAGAGAAAGAGUCACAUCCACAAAAUGAUCAAUUUUUGCCUAGAAAAUCACUCUCUUCAAUGAAAAAGUCCAAUAAUAUUGAAGUCUAUUAUGGGAAUGCACCAUUGGCUGUUCCAUUUAAGUGGGAAACUCAACCAGGAACACCAAAAGUUAAGUUUCUUGAAACCCCACUUCCUCCUCUAACACCUCCACCAUCAUAUCUUGAGAAAAAGAAGAAAAAUGCCACAAAAAAGCAAACAAAGGGAAAAUUCUUACAAAGGCUAUUUUUCCUUCCUAAACUAACUAUGAGAAAAUGUCAGCUACAACCAUCUCCUACUAGUUCUUCGUCAUCGUCGUUGUCCUCGUCGUCAUUUUCAUCACCACCUAGGUGUUGGUCAUAUUCUGUUCCUGCAUCUCCAUGCAGAGUCAAAAUCUAGUAUCUAGAAUAAGUGAAUUCAGAAUGUACGUGUCUUAUUGUAUUGUCAGAACUCAAUUGAAUUAAUGAGUUCAGUUGAACGUACAGAAUUCACCUAGAUCCAAGACCAAGAUUGUCAUGAUUUGACUCGAGGUUUGGAGGAUGGUAUGUUAUCAAGUAAUGACCAAGAUUAGUUGCAUGAAAACAUGUGUUUGUAUCAUUUUUGGGAUUAGAAUAUAUGUGUAACUUUCGCAAAAUUGUAUGAUUAUGAAAGGAAAUUAAGAAGUUGAUUAUGCAA